AUGACGAUGACAAUAGACGCCAACCAGCAACGCUACGGACAUCUUCAAUUCGAUAACAUGUCUUCCUAUCCCACACACUCGCCGCACUUCAGCAACCCCUGGGCGUCGUCCACGACGGCCCCUUCGAGCCACGCCCUGUACGUGGCAUCGCAACCCGGACUGGCUUCCAACCCCAUGGGCCUGGAUCGCCACGCACAGCAGCCGCCGUCCCGGGCACCAGCCACUACCACCGCGCCGCUGGCCCCGUAUGGUUCUGUCCCGGUGACUUCAGCCUCAGCAGGCAGCCCUCUCAGUAUGGUGGACCCUUCCCUUGCAGGAGGACAAUCGGACUUACUUUCUGUUCCCCAAGAUCUCCUCAGCAUCAACCGCAUGCCCCAUCCCAGCUCCGCACCCUCAUAUGCCGAGUCUGCGUACACGACCGCGGCCUCCCCAGUGCAUGCCACCUAUGCUGCGUCGCCGACCAGCUAUGACGGCAUGGGUUACCCGUCCUCCUCCGUGCGACACAACUUCGGUCUGGCGCCCGAGGCCGAUCCCCACAGAAGAGGUAUCAAUGACGACCGCCGAAGCUUCCAGGACGCCAUUGAGGCCAGCCAUGGUAUGCUCUCCAUGAAGUUCGACACGAGCAACCAGGAGACCCCUCGCGCCGGUGUCUACAACAACCGCGGCCGCGCCUCAGGUGACUCUUAUGGAUUCCCCUCGGCACAUUCGACGUCCUCCAGCGUGUCUUCGACAGGCUUCAGCCCCUACUACGGAUCCGUUGACGGAAGCGUCAGCGACUACUCGACAGCUGGCUCCGAUAUUGAGUCCGUUGGGGGCUCCAGGACUCUCCCACGCCCCCAAGGUCUGAUGCCUAACCAGCCCCCGGCACCACAGUCCAUGAUGGGGCAAUUCAGCUCCAAAGUGUCCAGCAGCACCCAGAAGAAGCACAAGUGCAAGGUCUGCGACAAGCGCUUUACACGGCCCAGCUCAUUGCAAACACACAUGUACAGCCACACUGGAGAGAAGCCUUUCAAAUGUGAAGUUGAGAACUGCGGUCGGCAUUUCUCAGUUGUCUCCAACCUCCGGAGACAUCGCAAGGUGCACAAGGGCGAUGCCCGAUCUGACGCCGGCAGUGAGGAUCACCAAUCCGAUUAG